AACUCAAAAGGAUCUGAAGGAAGGAACCAACUCUGAGGAUCCGGAUACCUUAAAAGAACCAAAUCAUUAUUUAUUUCUUGGCUUCUCUGCGCGUCUUCACACACAGAAAAGCACUGAAGACAAAGGACUCCGUGCCCACCUUGAUUCACACUUGUACUUGUACUGUGACCUGGCUACAUCGCUGAGUGGUUGUUCAUUGUUUCCUUCUUCUUCUUGUCUCAAGUAAGACGAAGAGACGACGAACAUUUCGCAUCAUCGCGUUGUCGCCGCACUGUUUGUCAGUUGCGUAUGAUGACUUGAAAAGCGAAAAUCGAGUCGAGGUUAGUUUGUGAUUUCACCGAUGGAAGAGAAGUGGGCGCUGUUGGGAUAAACACUGUUAUCCCCCUGGACUCCUGUCUUCCUUCGCUGUCUGUGCAAAAAGAGAGAAAAAAAGUUUGCAUUUUUUGCAAAAUUAAUAACUUAUUUUUUUUUACUGGGCGAUUUCAGGAUGACCCUCCUAGUACGUGCAAGAACAAGUGUUGUUUGUGAUGUUUUAAUCAAAACGAUUAGCUUUCUUUCACCCAGGAAAUCUCUGAAACACAGCAUUUAAACCCAUACUAUUGGCUAACCUACGAUGUGUAUAAAUAUAGUUGUGUUUUGGAACAAAUAAUCAAUCUUUAGCAGACUCAUUAUUCACAUUCUUUGAUCAAGUAAACUGUUAUCAACGUAGCGUCUCAUUGUAUUCCCUCCCAGCAAACCUUGUUGUGACAAUUUGCUGUGUUCUUGAUUGUGGAACCUUUCCUGUGCUCCUGGUCGGCUUUCUGGGAUUGUUCGUCGUUGUACACUAAGCGUUCAGAGAUAUUAUUCAUCCCCUCAGUGUCUACACAUUUUCAAGAAGAAGAUAUUGUAGAAUAUACUUGUUCAAUUCUGACGGUGUUUUUGCAUUCUUUCAAAAAGAAAAUUUAUCAGAAAGUUCAAUCCUUCAAUUUUAGCGAAAAACGUGUCAAGAAAUAUUGUGUUUCCUUCAUAGAGGCUAUUUUAUAGGCUGUUUUUUUGGCCGGAUUAUAUUAUUGAAUGGGGUUCAAGUUUCAAGAACAUAUUGUAAGGUAGAAAUUACUUCUGGAUAAACAAGUCUCAUCUUACAAACACGUCAUUGAUUUCGACCCUCUUCUAGACAUACGUGGCACUUACUUGACCAAACUAUGACGACAGUUUCUGAUGAAAAUGUAUUGUGAUUUUCAAACCCCAAACUUCAUUUUCAAGUGAAAGCUAUUUUCUUGGGAAGACAAAGUUGGGGGUUUCUGUGAGAAAUUAGUGGUAACGUGCAGAAACCGGAGGAUUGAUGACCCUCGUCCAAAUUCCUGUCAAAGGCAAAAGCGAACACGUCGGCCCACAUGCCUCUGUGUUGGGGAGCACCUUUCUUUUUGGAAAUUCACUUUUGAAUUUGGAAGGACGUAGAGAGGGUUAAAACCUUCAAACCUCGGAGUAGGAAGGUUGCUGAGACCAGACCUGAAGGUGGCGCUUCUCUUGGACAACAAAACCUUGCGUUGUUUUUUUUGUCUGGGAUUUCCUCAACGGAAAGCAAGGCUGUUCUGGUCUUGGAAAACGCAAGAACAAUUGUGAGUUUAUCAGCUGUCGCUCAUCAUCGAAUCACUGCCCACCAAGUUGAAUCGAUUUUUUUCGAUAAGCCGUUGGAGACUUCAGUUAAUCUUUACAAGGGUGCAUGUGUUUAAAAAUAAGUUCUUUUGUUCAAUCAGAAACUGAAAUGUUCAGUGUCUGACGAUUGAUUACAACUUUCUCGAAUCUCUCACACAACACAAUCGAAUCUAGAAUUGGGAAAACGAAAAGAAGAGGCACUCAAAAGUCUGAGGCAAAAAAACAACAACAACCGACAAGUACCAUAAACACUCUCCAUCCGCCACUAACUGGAUUCAUUUUCCUACUGGGAGAGGGAACCUCCAAAAAGUGGAUCUACUGGUCGCCUUUAUUUAGGAUCAACACACACUGCCAACUUGGUCACCUAUCAGUGGGGAACUUUUCAAAAUGGACGACGACCAAGUGGACUUGACAAUGGCCGAGCUGAAAACGAGCACAUCUCUCAACUCGAGCAUGUGCGCGACAGUAGAGGAGAACAGGGAGCUGUAUAAGCUGCUGGGGCUCCUCGCCGAACAUCCGGACUUGCAGAUGAACGCCACAAACUGCUCCACCCUGUCCAAGAUAGAGGAAGACCACACCAAAGUCACGGCUCUGGUGGUGGGCAGUUUGUUCUACGCCUAUUUCACGCCUUUCGUGUUCGUCACGGGGAUCUUGGGAAAUAGCGUGUCUCUGAGCGUGUUUCUGUGUAAAUCCAUGCGGCAUUUAUCAGCCAGCACGUACUUAGCCGCCUUGUCCACUUCUGAUCUGAUGGUCUUGAUUUUCUACGUGCUCACGGAAUGGUUGAUUCGAGGGGUGCCCGUGCUGAGCCCAGAUACCAAGGUGACUUUUAUGCACGUGAACGGGGCGUGUCAGGUGAUCAUGUACUUUCAUUAUGUGUCCAGGUUUCUGUCGGCUUGGCUGGUGGUGGCGUUUACAGUGGAGCGGUACAUCGGCGUGUGUCACCCCCUGCACCGCCGCCACAUCUGCUCCCCGACCUCCACCAAGAAGAUCGUCUUUGGCUUCACCGUCUUCUCGCUUGUCAUCAACAUUUUUAAGCCGCUUUUGAGCGUGGUGCACGACGUGGAGCUGUGGGGUCCCAUGUGCACGACGUACCCUCAGCACCGACAACUUUCCUUCGUCCUCGACUCCAUAUACGCCGUUUUCAUUACCUUCAUCCCUUUUGUCAUCAUCACCGUCAUCAAUAUCCUCAUCAUACGGCGACUGGUCAAGCACAACAGACAACAACGUCUGGUUCGAGUAGUCACGGAGGAGAGCGUCCUGAGGCUAGAGUUCACGAGCAUCCUCUUGGUCGUCUCCUUCUGCUUCGUAGCCUUGAACUUGCCUUACUUCGCCAUCUGGUGUAAGCUGUUCCUGACGUCACGCUUCGUCAACGUGCAGACCUUUGAAGACCCGGAUGAGCUGGAUUAUUUCCGGGGUCUGGCGCUGAUCACGCGCGCCAUUUUCUGCAUGAACUACUGCAUCAACUUCUUCCUCUAUUCCAUCACCGGCGCGUAUUUCAGACGACAACUGCGCGCCCUUUUCCACUACAGGUCUGCCCGUUACAAGCAGCACAGCCCUUGCCAAGGAUACUGCAUGCACGGCUCUCUCCAGAACUCUGACUCACAUUCCAAGAACUCACUGAGAAGAGAAAGCGUCAAAAGUCUGCGGAUGACAUCAACGCCCCAGACGUGGUUAUGACUAGCACGUACACCUCCCUUCAGCAAGCAAAGAGACAAAAGAACUCCUUCAAAUCCUCGUCCUCAUCCUCCUCAUCUUCUUCAUCUUCCUCCUCUUCCACCUCUUCCUCCUCCUCCCCCACCUCAUCCUACGCGUCACACAAUAUAAAUGUAUGCAUUUUUGUUUUUGUUUUGUUUUUGAAAAAAA